ACUGCGAAGUGCUACGUACAACAGAAUCUUUCCAUGUGUGUAAAGUUUCAUAUUUGUUUCGUGUCGAUUAUUGGAAGAAAUAAUUUUUUUGUUCUUUUAGUGUAAUUAAUUUUAUUUUUUUUUUGUUGAUAUUUUUUUGUAUCAAAAUUUAUUGAACUUAUUCACAUAUAUUUUUGUGAAUUAUAUUUAUUUUUUGCGUGAGAUUUCGUUUCUCGUGAAGUUUGCGUUAUUUAUUACUUUCGAAUUUCUAAAGCGAAAAAAAAAACAAAAACAAUAGUCAUCAGCAUGGAUUCGAAGUCGAUUGCUGUGUUUUAUUUUAACGGUUGCAACCGUGGACUUACACGAUGCCGUCGACAUCAAUGCAUUUGGUGAAGUGGACAUUUCCAACAUUAGCAAUUUUACUUGGACUUUUUUGGUACAGACGUCGACGCGCGGACCGAGUUGAUCCUGGUGGGAAAUCAAAAUCGGAUAGCGAAAUAAAAGCAAAUAAUACAAAAAAUAUAACGAAAAAAAUUGAAUGCGAUUCCGGUAUAAAUACAGACGAUUCAUUUUCAUUUAGUACAACGUCAUUAUCGCCUUCGAACGUUGAUAUUUGCUCACCAAGAAAAGUAAGCAGCAGUUUAGAUAUUCCUGGAAGAAAGCCAUCAGUAUCAAUGCCAAUAUCAAUGAAAUCAGUGAAAUCAAUUGAAGAGCGUAUUCCCUGGUACGAUGACGACGAUGACGAUGAUGAACUAGAGGAGGAAAAGGAAAUUGUCGAGGAAACACGUAAAAUUAAAUUGGGUAGCAAUCCAAGAUCAAGUUGCUUUGAAAUGAUGUCAAAUAAUAGGCCAUUCUUUGAUAAAACUCAAAUUGAAAGUGAAAUUAAAUUACCGAAAAUAUGUGACAAUGUUAUUGAGGAGGAUAAAGUAACUGAGAAUCGUUUGAGUCAAGAGGUGUCUAUUAAGGAGGAAAUGAAAAGUACCAGUGUGCCUGAAAGUUGCAAGAAAACUGUCGAUGUCGUGAAUGUCGAUGAAGCUAAAAGUCAAGCUCUCUGUGAAAGAGAUUCAGCGAAUCACAGUCCUCUCUCUGCUGUCUUAGAUGGAAGUCUCACCGAUGAAGCGCGAAGCGAAGGAAGUACAGACAGUGGAAAAGGUGGAAGUAUAAAAGGACCGAUAAACAAUAAUAUUCGUACGAGUUAUGAUUUCGCUGUGCCACUACAUUUAGUUGGGAAAUUGAUUGGUCAGAAAGGAAGUUUCCUUCAAAGUAUUCGACAAAAGAGCGAUGUUAGAAUUUCCGUGAAACGUUUUACAAAUAUGAAGAAUCAUAAACUUUGUGUUAUUGAAGGCUCACCGGAGGGAAUAAAUUUAGCAUUAAGUCUGAUAAGACAAAAGUUCCCUGAGAAGAAGUAUCCACAAUUUACUCUUGAUCAGUUGUCUGUUCCAAAAUCACAAGAUGAAACACCAUGGAUUUCUGAAUUAAUGCAUUUGUCAUUAGUCGAGGGUGUCAAUAAUGAUGUAUUGGUGUGUUACAUAGUCAAGCCAAAUCGUCUUUUUAUACAAAUUCCCACACAUCCGACAUAUCCAAUGCUUAGGACUUUAGAUGAUAACAUUACGCAAUUAUACGAAACAACUGAAUCACCUCCAGUUCCCGACGAACUUUGCCGAGGCAUGAUUUUUGUAGCAAAAUUAUAUAAUAGGUGGAUGAGAGUGUACGUGGAGAACCCCGAUCCAAAGGGAGAACAACAUUUAGUUCGUCUCGUGGAUCACGGCGGUUAUUGGACACUCAGCAGUGCCGAUAUGAGAAAAAUAAGAUCUGAUUAUCUCACUUUACCAUUUCAAGCCAUUGAAGUAUUUUUAGCAAAUGUUCGACCAGUUAAUGGUGUAUGGCAACAGGAGGCAUACGAUUUAGUGUCUCAAAUAUGCAGCGGAAUAGUCGGUCAAGCACAAAUUGAAGGAUAUGUCGACUCUCAUACGUACGUGAGUCUAUAUCUAACUAUUCAAAAACAUGGUGUUAUCUCUCUAGCUGACGAAUUAAUAGCUCGAGGUUACGCGGAACCCUCAACGUUAGAAGAAGUAAUGGAUGAAACAGAAUUACCAUACAUGUGAAAAAAGGAAGAGAAUUUUGAAGAGAAAAUUGUGCGUAAUUCCGGUUAUUAAUCCAACGUAUGAGUAUAGUCGAAAAAUUAGGUAAAUAAGUCGAUUAUGAAUGCGUGGCUGUGUGAGAAAUCUUGCGUGCUUAUUUUUUAAGUUUAUCUUUAAGAUCUCUGAAGGUAUAUGAUUAACAAUAGUCAACAAAAAUUGGUAUGUGCUCUAUAAAUGCACAUUGUGCUGCCAGUUUAAGAGUCUGAUUUUCUAAUAAUCUUCUUUUUAAAUAUAUAGUCACUUUGAUACAAUUUAAUAAUUAUUAUAAAAAGUCCGAUACGAUUAAUAAUAACUAAACUAAACUAGAUUAUUGCUCACAUUUGUAUUUAAGUGUCAAAGUCUGAGUGUAAAUAGAAUUUACAGUUUUCCUCUUUUUUUAAGUCAUUAGAGCAUUUAUAUUAAAUAUGAUGAAAUUUUUCUCAACAUGAUUUCUAUAAAUUAUAUUUAAACUUGUAUUUACAUUUCUAUACAAUAUUGAUACUCUAUGAUGUCAAAUAUUGAGAAUACUUUUUUUUAUACUGAUAAUCACUUUGAAAUUUUACAAUUUUACUUGAUUUUUUCGUAAUUGAACAAUUUUUUUUGCAAAUUAAUAGUUUUGUCCAAUAUCAGUGAUGAAAAAAUGUUCAUGAAAAAUAACUGGCAGGGAAUUCUUCCUGUAAAUAAUAUUGUAUACCUUCAUUUAAAUGUAGAAUAUUUAUAACAAUGUACCUAAAAUAAUUGUUAUAUCCCGCAAAUGCUAGUUAAUUUCAGAUGUUAAUAGUAAAACAUAAGUGUAGUUUAUUUAUACGUUUUACACUUUAUCGAGUAAACAAGAAAAGGAUAAAAAAAAUUAUGAUGCUUUACGAGGACGCUUCACGAAUCGGGAAAUUCACGUCGAAUAUAUACCGCAGCAUAUAUAUUAUAUAGUUUGGGACUUUAGCUUGUAAUACAAGUAAUAAUACCUGAAAAGCAUUCUUUCAGGGUAACCUUGAUUUCGUGGCCUAGAAGCUGGGGAUCGAUUUCAAAUUUUGUAUCCUAUGAUAUACAUAUAAUGUGCUACUUGCGUUUGAAAAAAAAUCCUAUAUAUGUUUGGAUAAAAGUUAAAAAUUUAUUCUUUUUCUUAUUUUUCGUGAAAUUUUCAAAUUCUAAGAAAUAUAUAUUUCAUUCUCUUUUGUUAAAAAAAAAACAAAUUGUUUUCUUUUUCACGAAUCAUUUAUUUUUUAUAGAAGAGAAAAUUUUUGUACAACUAUAUUUUAGUACUAGAUCCAAAUUGAAAGCAUGAAAUUCUCUCUGUUUUUUUAACAUUUAUAAUUAUUGAAAAAAAAUUUCAUUUAAGAUAUAUAAAGACACGUGCUUUUGAACGUGCUUAUGUUAUUUACAUUAUAUAAUUAAACGUUUUGUUAUGUGCGAGUAGCGAACAAUAAAUUUAAAAAAAAAAAUAAAUAAAAAGAAACAAAAAAUUGGGAAAAAAAUGAAACGACAAUUUAUAAAUUUUGUACGGCAUUUGUCAGAAGAAUUUUUCAUAUAAUAACAUGUUGAAACUUUAUAAUUCAUAUUGUUGACAUGAGCAUAUAUAGUAAAAAUAUUUUUCUAGAUAAUAUUCUCAAUAAUAAUCAUUCAAUGACGAAAAGUUACAUUUAGACUAUGGCUCAGUUUUUAAUAAUGUAUAAAAAAAAAGAUAUUGCUACAGACAAUAUUGUAUGUAAGAAACUUUUCUUUUCUUUUUUUUUCGAGAAAAUGUGUACAAGAGGUGAGAGAUGCUUGGCGAAAUCACUUAAAUCAAUUUUAUUCGUUUUUUGUAAUCGUAUUCAUAAUAAUUAUAACGACUAUUAUCCCCAGCUAUUAAUUAGCGUGGUUUUCAUCUAAGAAUGUAAAUGAAGGAAAAUUUUGUAUGUAUAUAUAUAAUUCAAUGUAACUUUUUCGGCGUUUUCAUUAAAUUUACAAAAAUUUUAAUUCAA